AUGGUGAAGGAUAAUCCACAACAGAGUGUAGUGCUAUCAGGAUACUCUGUACUGACCCCAUUGGCCCAGCUCGCCUUGGCCUCUGAGGGUGAAUCGCACCACCAACUUUUGAAGGCCAUUGGCAUGCCCAACGAUAAUGCGAUAAUAGCUGCGUUUUCAGAGGCCGAAAGAAACUUAAAAACCAUAAAUGGAGUGGAACUUAAAACAGCAAGUAAAAUAUACGUCACGUCCAAAUCUGAAGUAUAUGAAAACUUUGCAACGACCAUCCGUGACGUAUUCGAUUCCGAAUUCAAAAAUGUAGACUUUACUCAAGCACAGAAAACCGCUAACGAAAUCAACGCUUGGGUUGAAGACCAAACGAAUAAAAAAAUUAAAGAUCUCGUUAACCCGUAUUCCUUGGGUGAAAAUACUCAUGCUGUUCUUGUCAACGCUAUCUACUUUAAGGGUCUCUGGGAGAGCCCGUUCAACCAUGACAAGACAUACGACCAGGUGUUCCAUAUUACUAAAGAGAGAUCAGUAACAGUUCCGAUGAUGUACCAAAAAUCUUAUUUCAGUUACGCGGAGGUUCCAGAAUUAGACGCUAAGAUCCUCCAAAUGUUCUAUGAAGGUGAUGAAGCAUCCAUGAUACUGGUGCUUCCCAAUGAAAUCGAUGGAAUAAUCCAGCUAGCGGAGAAAUUACGAGACCCAUCAGCAAUCGACAGAGCCAUUGUUAACAUGUUCGAAACACUAGUCCAUGUCACAAUUCCUAAGUUCAAAAUUGAAACUACAACAAACCUGAGACUUGUUUUAUCAAAGAUGAACGUUACGAAACUAUUUGAACCCGGACAAGCCCGUUUAAGUAAAAUGCUAAUUGAAUGGGAUGACUUAUUUAUAACUGAUGCCAUUCAGAAGGCUUUCAUUGAAGUCAAUGAGGAUGGCGCAGAAGCUGCAGCAGCCAACGUUGUUAAUGGUAUGUCUGCCAGUCUUGACUUCCAACCACCGGUUACAUUCUUUGCUAAUAGACCAUUUUACUUUGAAAUAAGGAUAAACGAUGUACCCAUUUUUAACGGUGUUAAAGCUGAAUAA